ACACUCAUUCGAUAAUCGACGUAGUCUUGUCUUCUCAUUAUGACAAAAGUAAAUUUGUCUUCUAUCGCACAAUGGAGUGUAUCCUCAUAUAAAGAAGGAAAUGUAUUGGAUUGCCUUAUGGAUACAAACCCAGAUACUGUCUGGCAAAGUGAUGGUCCUCAGCCGCAUCUGAUCACCCUUCAAUUCACGCGUAGAGUGUCAAUAAAUCAAGUAAGCAUGUACCUUGAUCACACGCUAGACGAUAGUUACACUCCAAAAACUAUCUCUAUUAGGGCUGGUACAUAUCUUGGUGACUUACAGGAAAUCAGACACAUUGAUCUUAAUCAACCACGGGGAUGGCAUCAUUUCGCGCUCGAUAACGAAACAAAGGAUGUAGUAACUUUAGAUAAAAGCUUAGAGGAUUCCCAUGGUGUAUCUGAUGACGCUAAACCGAUUACUGGCUUUGUUCUACAAUUGGCUAUCUUAACUAAUCACUUAAAUGGAAAAGAUAGUCAUAUCCGUGGUAUAGCAGUUUUUGCGCCAAGAGAUAAAGCCACAAAUAAGCAAGAUAGUUUGCCGUUCACAUCGCCUACAUUUCAAAUGCACAGUAGAAUACGUUAAUGACAUCUGUCAUUUUUAGACUGCAGCUUUUUUUUUGUCAACAAUUUGUAAUCACGUAAAUCGC